AUGAUCAGCUUCACAAGAUGGACUACAGUGGAGGAGGUUGUUGAGAUUCCACCAGCUUUCCCAGAAUUCACCUACUCCCUUACUCCCAUAGAGAAGCUCCCAUCAGUUUUGGAUAACAAAGAGUACUUUACAGAUGUACUUGGCGCAGUCACAAAGAUCUCGGAUGCUUUGCCAUUACGGCCAAGAUCCCAGCAAGUUGAUACCAUGAAAAGAACUGUGACAGUAUGUGAUGAAAGUGGUGCUUCUCUGGACGUCACGCUUUGGGGUGAGCGAGCCACUUCAUUUCCAGCUGAACAACUUCAUAAAGAUGGACAGCAUUCACCACAAAUUGUAAUAUUUGUUGGCACUCUUGUGAGGGGCUAUGCUGGAACCAUCUCAUUGUCUGGUGGCUCAUCAUGCAAGUGGUAUAUAAAUCCUGAUGUCCCUGAAGCAAAAAAAAAACUUAUUGCCAGCAUGAAAAGCGUGCACCAACCAGUCGCACACGCUCCACAAGUAAAAUACAGUGAGCCCAGAACUUCCGUUGCAGAACACAAGAAAGUAUCUGAUAUCAAGUAUCUUCACCCCUUCAAGAACAAGAAAGUAGAAUGGUUGGUUACAGUAAAGAUAAUGAAGAUUGAUAAGUCAUGGUGGUAUGAGUCGUGCAAGAAAUGUUUCAGGACAACUAGGCCUCAUGGCAACACCUACAAAUGCUCUAAUCCAACAUGUAGCACCAUUGGUGCGCCUAGCCCAAGGUACAAACUGGUCAUCAUUGCUGGGGACGAGACUGGUGACACUGAGUUUGUCAUGUUUGGACGCAUAGCGCAGCGUCUCAUAAAAAAGACAGUCAAUGCUCUCAUUGCCAAUAAUCCGCCUGGAUUUAUCCCUGACGAGAUCACUAGACUAUUGGAAAAGGUUUUCACGUUCAAUGUUUGCUUCACAGAGAAUACAAUUUCUUCUGGCAAUGUCUCUUUCCAGGUCAAUACCAUUGUUGCGGAGAUUGACGAUGGGAAUCCUGUUCCACUAACGCCGGUUGGCCAGAACACAGGCUACUCAUGCAUCAAGCACCACACCUUCUAA